AUGACCGAACAUGCUGUGGGCAACAAUCAUGGCACAGCGGAAACCAGCCAUGGUUCCCUCGUCAUGUCUGUUCCACGGAAGGCCAACUUCGAUUGGCUUGGGGAUGCACCGCCGGAAAACAUUACAGACUUCCAGAAAUUUGUCAGAUCAGUCGAUUGGGAGAACUCAUCUAUAGGGCCCAUGUCGACGUGGUGUCGCGAACUCAAGCAGAUGGUCCGCUUCGCAGUCACCGACACGAGCCCAGUCAUUCUAUACUGGGGAGACACCUUCACCAUCGUAUACAACGAGGCGUAUAUUCCGCUAGUUGGCGCUAAACACCCAGGCAUGCUGGGAAAGGAUGCCACCGAUGUCUUCCCAGAGUUCUGGUCCUACUUCGACAAGCUCAUCACCGAGCAGCGCUCUACUGGAGAGACGCUAGUCGGCGAAGCUUCCAUGCUGUUGAUGGAGCGUCGUGGGUUUAUGGAGGAGACUUACUUCGACUGGAAGCUGGUUCCUAUCAUCGCCGAUGACGGGGAGGUGAAAGGGUCCUACAGCUGCCCUUCAGAUCACACCUGGGACGUUAUCAACUUACGUCGGACAACCUGCAUAAAAAGCUUAGCUCAAAAGAUUGCGAAGACCAGUAGCCUCGAUGAGCUGUGGAAAGCAACCUUGUCUGGACUGGAAUGCAACGAAAAGGAUCUCCCUUUCGUCCUUCUGUACACGGCCAUCAAACAAACCGGCUUAUCGGCAUUGCCAUCCCGUCCCCACGUCACCUGUCACCUGGAAGGCUCUAUUGGAGUACAUGCAGGGCAUGCUAUUGCAAGGACCUACAUGGAUGCCCAGCACGAUUUGAAAGGCUUUGCCCCCAAAGUACUCGAAGCAAUGGUGGAUGGAGAGAUGUUGAAAAUGGAGGCCAACGACCCCAGUCUCAAGGACCUGAUGGAUGGUAUCGAAUGGCGAGGCUUCGGGCUGCCUAGUCAUGAGUUUGUUAUUGUGCCCCUCAAAGCAGAUGACGAGACGGUGGCCUUUUUCAUUGUUGGACUCAACCCCUACAGACGGUACAAUCAACGAUAUCGCGAGUUCCUACAGCUCAUUGUCGAAGUCCUGGUCCCGCAGAUUUCCAAAAUCAAGCUAUCUGAAGAAGUCCAACGCCGUGCAGAAAUUGCCACGAAAGCGACGCUAGACUUCGAGCAGAGUGAGGCUAGGUUUUCCAGAUUUGCAGAUCGUUCAACCAUUGGCCUUGCAGUUGCUGGGCGGGAUCGAAACGUCAUCUACGCCAAUGAUUCCUGGUAUCGAUUUGCCGGCAUAGACCCGAGCACGAAGGACUACGGUGCAUGGAUCGAUAGCGUUUACGAAGAAGACAUCCCUCUAGUCUUGGAGUGGUGGACCAGAGUGUUCGAGGAGAAGAAAGGGGGCCAUUUUCAGUAUCGCUCGAAAGUACCAUUUCGGCAAGGGAAUAUGCAUUCUGAGCAAAGGACUGCUAUAUGUGCCGUAUACCCUGACCUGGACCACAAUGGAGAAAUCGAGAGCAUCAUGGGGUUCGUUAUUGAUAUCUCAGAAUUAAAAUGGACCGAGGACCAGCUCCGAAUACGCACCCAGGAAUUAGAAGCGUCAGAGGGUAAAUAUAGAAAUUUUGCGGAACACUGCCCCCUGGGAAUUGUACGAACCGAUGGAAAGGGAUACGUUCAAUACGGCAAUGAUGCGUGGCAUGCCUACUUUGGCUUCGUCAGAGGUCAACUGACUGGCCCACAGCCUUGGCUCCCAUUUAUAGACGAGCCAUAUCUGGAUGGCUGGAACGAGUGCUUUGAGAGCUUUCAGCGCGAUCCUGGGCCAAGGACUAUGGAACUUAAACUCAAGGACAAAUUAUAUACCAUCAAGGACGGCGAGCAUGUGAUGGAGAAUGGCAUGUACAUUCUUGUCACUGGAUUUGCUGAGUUUGACAGAGACGGGACUGUGAGGCAUAUUGACUUUUGGGUUACCGGUUAUAUCAGCGCACAAAAAAUGGCAGCCAAAGUCUUAGCUGACAAGAUGGACGAGGCAAUACAACUGAAGACACACCAAGAGCGCUUCAUCGAUAUGAUCAGUCACGAAAUUAGAAAUCCUUUGUCCGCGGUAUUGCACUGUGGCGAAGAAGUCAUUGGAGCAAUGAAGACAUGCCUCGAGAACCUGGAAUGCCCCCGACACUUGUCCAGCGUCGAUGGCUGCGCAAACACGGGCACCUUUCGCCAGCAGAUUCUCAGUACACUUGACGCCGCAAACACUAUUAUGUACUGUGUUCAACACCAAAAACAAAUAGUCGACGAUGUUCUUACGUUGUCAAAACUUGAUGCGGACCUCCUGGUGGUCUCACCUGUUCCUAUCCAGCCAAUGAGCCUUGUGCGGUCAGCAAUGAAGGUCUUCAAUCCAGAGUUGAAGAUGACAGAUAUCACCCUUUCUGUCGUUGAAGACGAGUCCUUGUCAGCCUUGAGAGUAAAUUGGGUUCUUCUGGAUCCCAAUCGGUUCCUGCAAAUAGUCAUCAACCUCGUCACUAACGCCAUCAAAUUCACCCGAACCUCAUCCACGAAGAAGAUCGACAUUACGGUGUCAGCAUCACACGAGCCCCCUGUAGAAGGCGCUCUUGGAGUCCAUUUUGUACCUCGGCGGUACAACACGGCCAAGCCCACAAGUCCAACAACGGCUGACGGUCCUGAGCGGUUCGAUGUAGCUGGCGAUCUGUACCUAUCAUUCACCGUCCGCGACACUGGCAAGGGUCUAACAAACGACGAAAAGGCGCUGUUAUUCAACCGGUUUUCUCAAGCUUCGCCAAAAACUCAUAUAGAGUAUGGCGGAUCAGGCCUGGGGCUGUUCAUUUCCCGUCAGAUUACCGAGAUGCUAGGCGGAGAGAUCGGCAUGAAUAGCGAAGGAGAUGGCUGUACAUUUGCAUUCUAUGUCAAAGCUAUGAAGGCCUCACCACCUCGUCGUCCGUCGGUCACUGUUGAGCCAAUCUUGCAGUUGACUAGGACUCUCAGUCUGACCAGCUCGGCAUCACCGCUCGUCGUGCCAUCUGGGGCGAAUGACCCUGCAUCGAUAGGAGUGACACUUGUUACCCCAGAAGGUCGACCUGCGUCCGCGCCCUCGGAGAGGCAUGUCCUCGUCAUCGAAGACAAUCUGGUGAAUCAAAAGAUUCUGUGCAAAUUACUGCGGAACCGCAGCUUUGUCGUGGAAGCUGCAAAUCAUGGCCAGGAAGCCCUUGAGGCUAUCAAACAGAUAAGCGCAACGGGCCGCCAGGGCUUCGAAGUGAUUCUGUGCGACAUCGAGAUGCCUGUGAUGGGAGGCAUCGAGUUUGCGAAAGAAGUCCGGUUUCGUGAAUGCAAAGGACAUAUGCCGGGGCACAUCCCCAUUAUCGGCGUCACCGCCAAUGUGCGCGGCCAGCAAGUCAGUGCGGCCAUUGAGGCUGGCAUGGAUGGCGUGACCACGAAACCAUAUCGCAUCGACGAUCUCAUCGCUCAUAUCAACAGGGUGUGUUACGGGUCAGCGAACCAGGGACCCGACCAUCAACAGAUACAACUCCACGAGUAA